GUAGAUUAAUAUACAUGUACAACGGAAAUGUAAAAAUACCUGAGAAAGUCUAUAACCCGUUUUGCUAUAGCUUCUGCUAGAAAUCAUGAUCGACUUCGUACUUUUAAUUUCGAUAUUCCUGUCGAGAGUUGUAAUAAACACUUUUCCUAGCCCGGAAAUUUCAGCAGAAUCUGCGGAAGUGUACGAGCAUCAGAAAAUGUCUUUAAGGUGUACGCUAUCAGUCACUACUGCAGUAAGAUGGUCCUGGUAUUGCGCUGGAAAGUCCAUGUCAUACAGAGACAUAAGUAACAACAACCGGUCGUCUACUCUGAAUUUUACCGUUAAUCCUGAACAUGACAACACCUACUGUUACUGCAGGGCUCAGUCUAAUUCCAGAAAUGUCUUAUACGAUGAAGAAUCAGAUCGACAAAAAAUCACUGUCAUAUACCCGCCAAGUGACGACCUCAAACUGACUCAUGAAUCGCGAACAUCAAUGGCAGUCGGAAACGACUUUACUUUUGUUUGCAGUAUUUCCACAAUGGGUAACCCACCUAUAUCCUGGUCUUGGAAGUGUGGAGAGAAAACACUAUCCAAAAUAUGGAUGAGAAACAAGGGAAACGUGUCAAAGAUUGAGUUUAAAGCCGAGUCUUGGCAAAACGGAGAAGAUUGCUUUUGUAUGGCUUCAAGUACAAAAUAUAGCUACAAUGUUUCGUCAAAUAAACAGACUGUCACUGUGUACUAUGCACCAGUAGACUUCCCAGAUUUAAUCAACAAAACACACGUGCACGUAGAGGAAAACUCGCCAGUUGUCCUUCAUUGCCGCGUGUCCUCUGCCGGAAACCCUCGCCUGUAUUGGUCCUGGUAUUGCGGAGAUCAUGUGAUGGAGAAAGGGGCGAGUUUUGGGGACACGUGGUCAGAACUGACCUUUAUUGCCUCCAAACAAUACCACCAGAAGGCAUGCUACUGUCGUUUGCAAUCAUGGUCAAACCUAGUUUCUUACAACAAAACUUCGCAAAAAAUGUUCAUCACAAUAAAAAGCGACCAUACUUGUUUCUCGGUUGUCACAUUCAUGACAACAACUUCUGUACUCUCAACGUUUUUGGUUAUAGUCGCUCUGAUUAUUUUGAUAAAAAAUGUCAGAAAACGACCACUAAAUUUGCAACGAUGUAUACACUUCCAUGGUUUGUUCAGAAACUCGAGAUGCACGGCUCCACCUCAACCAAAAGUCAGACAAAAUGACGACAGGACCAUCACCUUUAUAGAGGACCAUACUUAUGAGGUCGUCCAGUCUAACGAGAAAAAGAAGCGAAAAGGUACGUCAUUAUAA